AUGUGUGCUCAACCACAGCGCCCACAUACAAAUGCUGUCAUUAAAGCAGGGCACCUCCGCGCUGUAGACGAACAAGAUAUGCAAAACCAUUUGCAAAGGCUUCAACUGCAAUGUGGUAUCUACAACACCGACGUCGAGCCAGAGCAUGAUACCGAAUAUUUUUGCAAUUGCCCGAUUCAUCAGUACCAGGCCAGAAAGCUUGGCCGACUUCGUGUGCUAAAACAAUGGUCUGAAGCCGUUAUUUAUCCAGGUGAAAGAACUUACCAUGAUUGUUACAAGGGGGCUGGUUUAUUGGGCACCUUGAGCAGCAAUCCCUACCAAUUCAUAUCAUCCUACUCCUAUAAUAGUGGUGGGAUAGGUGCUUUUGCUCCCUCAAAUAUGUACGGUGGGUAUGGAGGAAUGAGAAGACCGGAUCCAUACACAUAUACAAGCUCCCUGGAAAAGACAAUCAGGUUGAAUGCGCAAUUGAACUCGAAAGCGCAAAUUUCCAUCGACAGCAAGGAGCCCACGUCCAGUAUAUGGAAUAUGGAUUCUGUCACCGCGUCCCCGACCGCGCAUGGAGAUGAGAAAGGUGUCAAACCUUCCAGGCUUUCGGGAUUUCGAAGAACAUUUUCCAUCAGGUCUCCCGAGGAAAAAGAGGCAGAGAAAAUAAAAAAGCAGUUUUCUAAGAACGAGGGACUGCGGCUUGAAAUUCUCAAUGAAGAAAACGGACGGUGGGCAAACAAAGAAUGGAGAGACUUGGUGGCAGAGUAUCAAGAACAUGUCGGCAUGACACAAAAGAUCGCCGAUCUUCGAGCUCGUUAUCCCAUUCAAUAUUUGCACCUUCUUCGAGCAGGGUACUUUGAACCUAUUCCAGUGGACUGGGCGAAUCUUGCUUCAAAUCCGCUCAAAUUUAGCAUUGAGGCUGCGUCUGGGUGGAGGGGUAUCACUCCUGCUUGGAGAGGGUUCGAAGACACUGCCGAAGAACGACUAUAUUGGGUCUUGAAUCACAGAGAGGGAAGCAAUGGGCCACGAAUGAAGCCUGAUCCCAUUUCCGCGAUGGCUCUGGCCCGCGCCAGAAUGGCGUUAGCGGUCCCGCCUCCUAUUGAAUAUUAUUCUCCCGAUGAUGUCUGUCAUACUCAGCAUAAGUCGGAUGACUAUUCACGACAGGUUCUGGCAGGACCCUUCAAGCCCUCGGAUGUGCCGGGAACACCUUUGGAUGAUACGAUGGUUUUACUGGAUGUCUCUGGGUCUAUGGACUUUGACCCCCUUCGUCCGAUUUAUCAACAAGCUCUUAUCACCGGCUACGCAAGGUCUAAUCAGCCCAAAAACAAGGAUCUCGCGAAAGCCACCAUUCGUCGCUUCAUCGAUGCAAUGAUUCAUCACGAUCAUAAUCCAACUGGCUAUGAACUCGUCACUUUUCACGACAAAUCCAACUACAUCGGUGUGAUCAAUCACGAGAACUUUGAAAAAAUGUGGAGAAAGGUUAGCUUUGGUGGAAGAACUCGAGUCAUGACUGGAUGGCAGCUUGUCAAGAAUCUUCAUUUCGAGAAACAUUCUGAGUCUGCAACUUACCACCCGGUCUACGGGUGGCAAGCUGGUCCAAAGACCCCCAAACUCAGACUCCUUCUACUUCUUGACGGCGAAGCAAGUGACAUGGAUGAGUUUGAGCUUGACUUGCUCAGUCUGUCUUGGGUUCAUGUCACGAUAUUCUUGAUUGGUGUCGAUGGUUGUCCGCACCAUCACCGACAUGCAAAUGAGUUGCAGAGAAUCAGUGAGGUAAAUCCUCAUGUCUCUUUUGUUGAUGCCCAGGGUAAUACCCCCGAGCGAUACAUCACGCACGAACUUUUGAAGAGGCAUCUUGGUUUUGACUUCACAAUGUCAGAAUUCAGGGAGCUCGAGCAACUGCCAUCGUAUGAUGACGUAGUAGAAGGCAGGGUAGCAAAUGGCGCUGGGAUAGAAUCGGGUGCACAUUAUGCAUCACCACCGAAAGGAUCAUUGAAAGCGUGA